UCACUGUAUGCCGAAAAAGCACAUUAAAAAAUGGCGUUAUUUGCAAGAGUGAAAAAAUCGGGCAAAAAUUAAUUUUUAUCGUUUUUAGUGUAUAGAAAUUAAUAAAAAAAUAUUAAUCUAGUGAAAAUUUAUUGAGAAUAAUACGUAAUUAUAGAAAUUUAUAUAAUAUUAUUUAUAAGUUAAGUUUAAAGUGGCUCCGAAAAAGAAGAUAAUCCAAUUUUACCCCCACCAAUAGAAUUCAGAUUUUGAUUGAGAAAACUCGAGAAAGUAGAGCCGCUGAGUGAAAAAACCUUCAACCAUGGCUGGUGGCAAUUCGCCAAGCGUGAUACAAAUCACGAAUAUUGCACCACAAGCCACAAAAGAUCAAAUGCAGGCAUUGUUUGGUAACAUUGGUAAAAUCGAAGAAAUUCGUUUAUAUCCAACCGUACGAGAUGUCUCUUGCCCAGUGCAGUCUCGCAUAUGUUAUGUGAAAUAUGUUGAAAGCACUUGCGUGCCGGUGGCACAACAUUUGACGAAUACGGUGUUCAUAGAUAGAGCAUUAAUUGUUAUACCGGUUUUGGCAAUUCCUGAAGAAUAUCGAGCAUUGGAAAUGUCCAAGAAUGGCACCAUAGUACCGGGUUUGCAAAAACCGGACUCAAAAUUACCACCGGAAGUAGUUAAUCGCAUUGAAGGCCAAUCGCCCCAACAGGUCAUUAAAACUUAUGAUCCCAAAUUGAUGGAAAACAAUUUACCAGAGUAUCCAGCAUUGCCGUCAUUUUACGAUGCACGAAAGAUUGAGGAAAUAAGACGUACAAUAAUUGUGUGCGAUGUGAAAAAUGAAUGGCGUUUAGAUGACCUUAUGGAGUGUUUUCAACGUGCUGGUGAGGUGAAAUACGCUCGUUGGGCUGAGAAGGAAAAUAAAACUUAUUGCAUGAUUGAAUUCUGUGAUCAACCUAGCAUUAUCAGCGCCCUGAAAAUGCAUGGCCAGGAUUUCAAGGGAGGUUAUUUAAGCGUUUAUCAUUCGACAGAUGCUAUUGUAAAACCAGAGGCAAAAUCGAAUGAAGCUGCUCAGAAAGAAAUUGAGGAGGCCAUGACUAUUGUUAAGGAGGCGCAGAAUAUGAUAUCCGCUGCUAUAGAUCCGGUGAUUGGAAUGUUAGCUAAGGAUAAAAGACGUUGUUCACGUUCUAGAUCACGUACAAGGGACCGACGCACUAGUCGUUCACGUUCUCAUCGUUCAAGAUCACGAAAACGUUCCCGUUCACGCACACGCAGGCGCACUCGCAGCAAGUCAAAACGACGCUCACGUUCUCGCUCUCGCAGCACACGAUCGCGGAAGCGUUCUCGGUCCCGUAAACGUUCUCGUUCACGCCGCAAAAGUCGUACCCGUUCUAGGUCUAAGCGACGCUCUCGUUCGCGUGAACGCCGUAGUAAACGUUCUCGCUCCCGUCAUCGUCGUAGUUCCUCUAGAGCGCGUCGUUCCCGCUCCCGCACAAAGCGUUCCCGCUCUCGUGAUCGUAAACGUUCUCACCGCACACGUGAAGAAAAGCGCCCAAUACGAUCUUCACGCUCACACAGCAAACGACUUUCCAUAUCGCCCUCACCAGCAACUGUGCGGUCACGUUCCAGUCGCAGCAAAGAUAUUGGACCACCCAUUAUAAAGUCAUCCAACAACUCCUCUUCCUCCAAAAACCGUUCACGUACACCGGCUGAUCGAAAACUUAAAACAAUCUCUGAAGAUAUAGACGUCAAGAGCACAAGAUCUAGUGUUGAUUCAAAGUCUCGCAAAUCUGUCAGUGUUGAAAAAUCGGACAACAUGGAUAUUUCAAACUCACCAUGAUGAUUAUAAAUAACAAAAAUAAUAAUAACAACAAACGUUUAUAUGAACAUAAUUGUAUUUUUUAUUUUUAAUGCUUUACUUUUAAAUAAUUAUUUUUCAAGCUUAUGAAAUUGUAGUCCAUAGUAUACUUCUCUUUCUACCUUAAAUUUACAUUCUAAUUGUAGGAUUUUCUUAUAUUCCCAUAUAAUUCUGUGUAUUCUUUUGCAGCAUAAGCAUUUUUUGUUUAAUUCUAUCUUAAGUAAAGAUAACUUACAAUUUAAUUCAUAUGUACUCGUAAUAACAAAAAAACAAGAAGAGAAUUUACUUUUAAUUUUAUUCCUUUAAGAAAA